AUGACCAUGUACGCCGUGACAAAUGGGCAGCUUGCCAGCGUCGUCAAAGCCGUGCGCCUGACGCCGGUGAUCGACCAUCACGCACAUCCCCUUCUGAAGCCCGAGUGCGUGGGUCGGCACCCGCUGCUGUCCAUAAUAUCUGAAGCUCACGGAGAUGCUCUCGAAGACUCUGCGUCGACUUUUGCGUAUCAUCGUGCCGUGAAACAGCUGGCCGCCGUGCUCGGCUGCGGUUCGACGUGGAAAUCGGUUGUGGCCGCCAUCGAGCAGCGGCGCAGCGAGGACUACAACGCUUGGGUUUCCCAGUGCCUCCACGGUAUUGAGACCGUUCUGCUCGACGACGGGCUGGACAACGAGGACGAUGCUUUCCAGUAUACAUGGCACAACCGGUUCACACGCAGCAAAUGCUACCGCAUCGUGCGCAUCGAAGUUGUGGCCGCUGAGAUCAUCAACCGUCACCUGGGUUCAGGCUACCUUGAUACUACGUUUGAUUCAGUGCUGGAAGAGUUCGACACCAAGAUCAAGCAGGCCAUUGCCGACCCGAAGGUUGCUGGCUUCAAGUCGGUCAUAUGCUACCGCACUGGCCUUGACAUCCCAGGAGCCGUCGACCUUGGAGCCGCACGCGAGGUCUUAUCCGACAUAGUCUCAGACUACACUGGGCCUGGACGUCGCUUUCGUCGCCUACAGCACGCCGGACUGAGCGAACUGUUCCCGCACCGUACUGCUAUACUCAUCCGUGAUUCUGCCGCCGGUCAUAAAAAACCUAUCCAGUUCCACACGGGUUUGGGGGAUAACGACAUCACCCUCACCAAAUCAUCGCCGGCCCAUCUGCAAGAGUUCAUCCGCACAUAUCCGACAGUACCUAUUAUACUGCUACAUUCCGGCUACCCUUACAUGCGCGAUACGGCCUACUUAGCGGCGAUGUAUGCAAAUGUCUACGCCGAUAUUGGCGAGGUUUUCCCCUUUCUCAGCCGAGAUGGCCAGGAAUCCGUUAUUCGCGAGAUUUUCGAGCUGUGCCCGGGCUCAAAGAUCAUGUGGAGUACGGAUGGUCAUUGGUUGCCGGAAACUUACCUGCUUGCAGUAACGCAGGUCCGAGAGGUGCUUGAGACGGUUCUGUGUGACAACGUGCGCAAGGGUGAUAUUAGCUGGCAGUCCGCGAUAGACUUGACACGCGAUGUUUUCUUCAGGAACGCAAACAGGCUUUAUCAAUUGGGCCUCAACUUUUCCGAACUGACUGAUGUGGCAGGCGAUGGGACUGGGCCUCAGAUUCGCAAGAGCUCGGACUUGGAGAUUUGGGAGGCCUUUUUGCGGGAGAACCCUCGGCCAGACUUCGUGCGCAUAUCAUGGAUUGACUACACUGCCAAACCUCGUAUGAAGAUGGUGCCGUUCCGCCGUUUCGACCGUCUGGUGAAAGAGGGCAAAGCACUGGAUAUUGGUAUCGCAAAGGCAUCACUCGGCAUGCUUCAAAACGAUGUUUGCAUACCAACAGUGUCACCAACCGGCGAAUAUCGUCUCCAUCCAGACUUGUCAUCCCUGAAAACAGGACCCCUUGAUGGCCACGCCAACAUGUAUGGCGACUUCCGCGGAAAAGAUGGCUCUCCUGUUUCCUUGUGUCCACGCACGCAGCUGGCUCGCGCAGUCAACUUCGCGGCUGAAAAGGGCAUUUCCCACCUCAUUGGCUUUGAAAUCGAAUUUGUGCUCCUAAAGCGAACCGGUCCUGAAAUGUCCGAGCCGAUUGCCAACAAGGGCCAUGCUUGGUCCUCAUCGCGUUUCUUUGUGGAUCCGGCAAUUCCGCAGCUGCUUCGUGACAUUGUGAAUGAUCUGGCUGCGGCUGGAAUUGAAGUCGAGCAGCUGCACGCUGAGAGCGCACCCGGUCAGUUUGAACUUGUGUUGCCUGCACAGCCACCGGUCAAGGCGGUCGACGCUCUGCUGCACGCGCGGGAAACUAUUUCAGCACGAGCCAAUGCUGCUGGGUUCAGGUAUACUCUCCACCCCAAGUAUGAUCCGAGAGCCUGCGGAACGGCAGCGCACAUGCAUUUGUCUGUCUCCACGUUAGAUGGCGGUAGCGUGGAGACAAACGUAUACGAACAAUUCUAUGCGGGCAUUCUCGAGCACCUGCCUAGCAUUGUUGCCUUUACAUACAGCUAUCCUCCCAGCUACUUGCGGAUGAUCGACAGCUGCUGGGCAGGUGGGCGCUGGGUGGCUUGGGGAAAGCAGAACCGCGAGACACCUCUGCGUCAAAUCGAAGACAGCCAUUGGGAGCUGAAGUGUAUGGACGGCUUGGCCAACCCAUACCUAGCAGUUACAGCGAUCCUCGCUGCUGGUCUGUCUGGCAUCGUCCAUCGCAAGCAGCUCACCUUGCACAACUGUGUCGCUGACCCAGCCACACUGUCAGACGCCGAGCGCAGCGCGCUUGGUAUUACAACAAUGCUCCCAGCGAGUCUUUCGAAAGCUCUGGAAGCUCUGACCAAGGACACGACGAUGGAUGGUCUUCUUGGAACCGAUGUUGUGCAGCGAUAUGUGGAUGUGAAGAAAGCCGAGCUUCAAUUCUUCGACCAGCUGAGCAUGCAACAGCAGCACGAAUGGAUUGUAGAGCGGUUUUAG